AUGAUGGCGGUGGCACUCAGAUCCAUUGCGCGACAAUUAAGCCCCAUUGUUACACGUUUUUUACCACCAGGAAGUUAUAGCAUUACUUUUGUAACGAGUCGUUUAUCAAACCUAUCCAAUGUUCCAUCUGCUUCUCACACAAAGAGAUCUAAGUUGUCAGUGAAUACUAUUUCGCAGAUAUAUAGUAAUAUACCACUUCUGUAUCAACAAUUGGAUCCACACAACAAUAAUUCUGGAGAUAACUUGUCACAAUCAAGUAAAGGUUCCCAAAAUCUUGGCACAGGUUUACCAAGGUCAUUCUCCUUCAAAAGAAAACCUCUAAAAGAUAAUAAAGGAAAGAGAAGAGUGCCUAAGUUAAUAUUAGUACAAAAUCCUUUUACUUGGUUAAUGAUUAAAAUUGACUUCAGUGUAUUAAGGAAUAUUUGGGAUCCUACAUUCCAAGAGUCGGAAUUCAAGUAUGGGACGAAACAGGCUAUUUCAAGAAUAACAAAUGUAAUUAGCUCCGGUCGUUAUGCUGAAUUAAAUGGCCUACUCACAAAAGCGGCUCGACUUAGUUUAAUGCGAGAAUUAGAGCGAAAUUGGGGCGAUAAGCAACGUUCUCUAUUAGCGUUGGAAAACGAUGAUAUUCAGAUUUCAUCACCGAGAAAAGUUUAUUUUAUUCGGAUUGCCGAUAAGAAAUUUUGCGAUGUUGAUAUGGCCUUUUUGGCAUUAAAAUGGGCACCCAUAAACAGCAUUGAAGCACUUAUAUUUACUGAGAUAUUUGCGAGAUUUCAUCGCGAGUACACUCCACAUUGUAUACCGGAAUGGACCAUUGCCUAUUUCAAAGUAACUCGUUUCGAGGUACUGCGACGAUGA